AAAAGGAAAGGGGGUGGUGGGUGGGUGGAGGUGAAGCCCCCCCCACUCCCUCUCCCCGCGCCCUUGCUCUCCUUCGGUACUGUCAACUGGGACGGAAAUUAAAGGGGAGGAAAUGAUCGAGAUGGCGGCGGAGAAGGAACCGUUUCUGGUGCCCGCGCCGCCGCCGCCGCUUACGGAGGAGUCGGGCGGAGGGGGCGGCCCCGGGGUGCAGCCGCACCGUGAGGCCGCCUCGGGGGAGCUCGGCGACGGGGUGCUGACAGAACGUGGGCCCGGGCCGCGCGCGCGCUCGCUGGGCGCCGCCGCCAGCCCCCGGGACGGCUCGGCGCUGCAGCCCCGAGGGGGCGGCCCCCACGCGCAGCCCGCGGCGCCCGGCGAGGCCCGCCCGACGGAACCCCAGGGGCGAGCGGCUCCCCCGGACGUCGGGGAGGAACGCCGGGGAGGGGGCGGGACGGAACUGGGUGCCCCCGCCCCUCCGCGACCUCGGAACGGUUACCAGCCCCACCGGCCCCCCGGGGGAGGCGGGGGCAAGAGGAGGAAUAGCUGUAACGUAGGGGGCGGAGGUGGAGGCUUCAAACAUCCGGCCUUCAAGAGGCGCAGGCGGGUGAAUUCGGACUGUGACUCCGUGUUGCCCUCCAACUUCCUCCUGGGGGGCAACAUCUUUGAUCCGCUGAACCUGAAUAGCCUCCUGGACGAGGAAGUGAGUCGAGCACUUAAUGCGGAGACCCCUAAGUCAUCCCCACUUCCGGCCAAGGGGCGAGAUCCAGUGGAGAUCCUCAUCCCCAAAGAUAUCACUGACCCGCUCAGUCUCAAUAGUUGCACUGACGAGGCCCACGUAGUUCUUGCUUCGCCGCUCAAGGUUGGUCGCAAGCGGCAUAGACACCGGGGAUCGCACCACCAGCAGCAGCAGGCAUCUGGAGGGAACGAUGGCCACGCCGUGCUGCCUGCACACCCUCUCACCCCCUCACUCCACGGGGAGGGGGCCCCACAACAACAACAGCAGCAGCAGCCUCCGCAGCGACACAGGAGCCAGAGCCGGGAUGCCCCCCAACCCUAUGAACUCAACACAGCCAUCAACUGCAGGGAUGAAGUCGUGUCUCCCCUCCCAUCUGCCCUGCAGGGCUCCUCAGGCUCCAUCUCAGCCCCUUCUGUUGCCUCAGUUACCUCUGCACCCUCGUCUUCCUCCUCCCGACAUCGGAAACGUCGCAGGACUUCCAGCAAGUCGGAGGCAGGAGCUAGGGGUGGAGGCCAGGGUGCCAAGGAAAAGGGCAGAGGGAGUGGGGGAAGCCGCCACCACCACCCACUACCUGCAGCAGCCUUCAAAAAACAACAGCGCAAGUACCAGUAUGGGAAUUACUGCAAGUACUAUGGGUACCGAAAUCCUUCCUGUGAGGAUGUGCGACUUAAGGUCUUGAAGCCUGAGUGGUUUCGGGGCCGAGACGUCCUAGACCUGGGCUGCAAUGUGGGCCAUCUAACCCUGAGUAUUGCCUGCAAGUGGGGCCCGUCCCGCAUGGUGGGGCUGGACAUAGAUCCCUGGCUCAUCCACUCCGCCCGCCAGAACAUCCGACACUACCUGUCUGAGGAGCUUCGCCUCCCAUCACAGACUUCUGAGGGGGACCCAGGGACAGAAGGGGAGGAAGGGACUGCCAAUGUCCGAAAAAGGAGUUCCUUCCCAGCCUCGCUGACAGCCACCCGGGGUCCCAUCGCUGCACCCCAAGUGCCCUUGGAUGGAGCAGACACAUCCGUCUUCCCCAACAAUGUGGUCUUCGUCACGGGUAACUAUGUGCUGGACCGAGAAGAACUGGUGGAAGCCCAGUCAGCCGAGUAUGAUGUGGUGCUCUGCCUCAGCCUCACUAAGUGGGUGCACCUGAACUGGGGUGACGAGGGACUGAAGCGCAUGUUCCGUAGGAUCUACCGGCACCUGCGUCCUGGGGGCAUCCUCAUCCUGGAGCCCCAACCUUGGUCCUCUUAUGGCAAGAGAAAGACUCUAACGGAAACAAUCUACAAGAACUACUAUCGAAUCCAGCUAAAGCCAGAACAGUUCAGUUCCUACCUGACAUCUCCAGAGGUGGGUUUUUCCAGCUACGAGCUUGUGGCCACACCUCACAACACGUCCAAAGGCUUCCAGCGUCCUGUAUACCUGUUUCACAAGGCCCGUGCCCCCAGCCACUAAAUGGCCCCCUGGAUUGAAGGUGUGAAGAGGCGUUCCUUGCUGCUCCUGCUCCUGAAGACCUAGGGCGGGGGAGGAAAAUUAUCCCAAGAUUUUUUCUGUCUUAACUCCAAAAAGUUUCCUUUCUUGAAUCUGCAAAGAAAGCUUUUCUUAAGUUGCUGUCCCAAUCUCCUUUUUCCUCCUCCCUUUACACCUCUGGCACCUGAACUGCAAGCCCAGCUGUGCUGGAGUUACAUCAGCUUCCUCUUCCCCAGCCUGCUGGGCUGGAUGGCAUGGACUGUUUGCUGACCUCUGUCCUCCUAGAGUUUAGGAAGUGGAGAAUAUCAAAUUCUCCAGUCCUUCCUCCUGUUCUCCCACGGAGAUUCCUAUUUCCCCUCAGCCUUUGUCUCUUGCUGCAUUUCAUUGGACCACAGAUGGACUAAGGGCUCCAGGGGAAGCUUAGUAAGGAGGCAUGCAGGUACUGUGAAAACCCUUCCUGCUGCUGUCCCCCAGUGGGAGAGGGGCUGGGUUUGGAAUGUGAGAACAGCACAAUAAACUUGAUAUCUAGGGCAGUGGCCCCUGGA